UAAUAAGCAAAAUAAAUGAUCAAUUAAUUAAUGCAUAAGAUAAGAUUAGAAUAUAAUUAAUUAAAUUGAAUAUAGAGAAGGAAGAGCAGAGAUGGACAAGGAGGUGUCGGGUGAAUAGGGGAGAGAGAAGUGAAGAGAGAGAGUUUUCCCCCGUGAGGCGUGUUUGGAUGGAUUCAGAGAAAAAAACUCCAAAAAUGCUUCACUUUCUUUUCGAUGCCCAAAACAUUUUUCACUCUCAUCUCCUCUCCAUCACGAGCUCACCAUUCGCUUUCUCUCUUUCUUAAUUCCCAAUAUACGUAUACGUGUAUGUGUCUGCGUGUGUGUGUAUAUAUAUAUAUUCCCAUUCUUCGAUAUAUACCUAGCUCAGAGCUCUGCAGGAAGUUGAUAAUAAACAGAGAGGGAGAGAGAGAGGUGAAGAGGAAAAUUAAAGAGAGAAUAAGUAUCAGAGAGUAGGGAUUAUAUCUGCUUAUAUAUAUAUAUAUAUAUAGGGCAAAAAGAGAGAAAGGGAUCAGAAAAGCAAAGAGAAAAAAGCGGAAGAGAGAAUAAUUAAAGGCAAUAUGGUUUCUAGGGAGCACAAGAGAGCAGUACUGAAUGAAAAGUUGCAGACUCUUCGUUCUAUUACUAAUUCUCAUGCUGUCAAUAAGACAUCCAUCAUAGUUGAUGCAUCAAAGUACAUCAAAGAGCUGAAGCAGAAAGUAGAAAGAUUGAAUCAAGAUAUAGCAGCCACCUGCACACAAACAUCAACAGACCAAAAUCCACUGCCUGGGAUACAUGUUACAGUAGAAACUUUAGAAAAGGGUUUCCUAAUAAAUGUUUGCUGUGGAAGGAGUUGUCCUGGCCUCCUUGUCUCCAUUUUAGAAGCUUUUGAAGAUCUGGGUCUUAAUGUGCUUGAAGCUAGGGUUUCUUGUACUGAGAGUUUCCGAUUACAAGCAGUCGGUGGAGAAGAUGGUGAAGAUGAAGCUAGUGAAAGCAUUGAUGCUCAAGUUGUAAAACAAGUAGUACUGCAAGCCAUUAAAAACUGGGGCGGACCUGCUCAUCAAGGUUAAUCAGAUAUCUUAACAUCGAUUGAAGAAAAAUUUUAACUUCGAGCAAAGUUCGGAGAUGUCUUUAAUUAUAUAUAUUUAUAUAUAUGUGUUAUAUUUUUAAAUUUUUAUU